AUGGCUGGUUGCAAAACAAAUUGCGGCUGGCCCGCUAGCUCUAUUCUUUGUGAGUCUGAGCCCACUGUAACAACCACACUGCCUCGGGCCAUCCUUAGCCCCGACGAGGCUCGGACGGCAGCAAUGGAGCCCUUCCUGGUAAUCCGAAACACUAAGACCGCUAGCAGCAAGGAAGUACAUCAACUGUACAAUCAGGCUACAAUUGUAUCGUACAUUGCCUACCCCCUGUUCUGUGCAGCAAAGCCCCUGGCAGAAUCUCCUGCUGCGAGCUUAAUCGCGGCACACUGCAAGUCUUUGGAGGCCCCGAUCAUUGGCCAAAGUAAUUGUACAAACGAGCAGCUUUCGUACUUCAUAGAGUAA